CGCUCACCCACACUCUCUCUCUGUCUCGUCCCUCAGUCAGUUUUAGUGCAGCUCUCUCUCUGUGUCUACUCUGUUCACUUCUUUAUCUCCACAGAGACGUUCUGAACUCAUAAUGGCCGAUAAAAGUCGUUCUGUAACAAAGAGGAAGGAGAGGAAAGAGAAGGAGUCAGCUGAAGUGGUGAAGGAGGUGAGGAAUGAAGGAGAUAAGGAUGGAGGAGAAGUUUCCUCUGAGGCUGCAACGAGUAACGGAGAGAAUGGAGAACUUCAGGUGGAACCGAUGGAACUUCCUCCAUUUGAAAUCAUCGCUGGAGACCGGAUCGAUCCUUUCGUCUUUAAGUUCCAGUUUAAGAACGUGGAGUACUCGUCAGGCCGUAAUAAGACGUUCCUGUGUUACCUGGUGGACAGAGGAGACAUGGCUGAUGGGCUGCUGAGAGGAUAUCUGGAGGAUGAACACACAGGACCGCAUGUGGAGGAGGCCUUCUUUACACAGUGUAUUCCUCACUAUGACCCAGCUCUCAAAUACACUGUGACCUGGUAUGUGUCGUCCAGUCCAUGCUCUGCUUGUGCAGCGAAGAUUGCUGAGGUGUUAAAAGUGAGGAAAAACAUCAAACUGAGCGUGUUCGCUGCUCGUCUGUUUGAGUGGGAGGAGUCAGAGAUCCAAGACGGACUGAAAAUGCUGCACGCUGCUGGCUGUAAGCUGAGAGUGAUGAAGCCACUGGACUUCUCAUACACCUGGGAGACGUUUGUGGAGAACGAAGAACAACCUCUGAACCUGUGGGAGGACUGCAAAGACAACUAUGAGUUUUACCAGGAGAAGCUGGCCGACAUUUUACAGUGACCACAGACUCCACCAUCAGUGGUCACCAUAGCAUCUUCAAAGAGGACUCCUGUUGAUAUAAUGAUAGUUAUAAUUAAAUGUUUUAAACCUCAUGGUGCAAAUUGGUGCAAACACAUCGUACAGCUCUACAAGACUUUAAACACAUCGUACAGCUCUACGUGACUUUAAACACAUCGUACAGCUCUACAAGACUUUAAACACAUCGUACAGCUCUACAAGACUUUAAACACAUCGUACAGCUCUACAAGACUUUAAACACAUCGUACAGCUCUACGGGACUUUAAACACAUCCUACAGCUCUACGUGUAUUAAACACAUCGUACAGCUCUACAAGACUUUAAUCACAUCGUACAGCUCUACAAGACUUUAAACACAUCGUACAGCUCUACGGGACUUUAAACACAUCGUACAGCUCUACGUGACUUUAACAUAUUGUGCGGCUCUACUUGACUUUUCUAAGCUUUUUUAUUUGGAUUUUAUUUUGUAUUCAGAAAAGUUUUGCACAGUGUCAUGUUCAUGUUGUGGUGCUUUAGUUUUUCCAGACUGACUAAGGAACCAACUGUGUGAGUGUGUGUGUAUGUGUGUGUGUGUGUGUGUGUGUGUGUGUGUGUGUGUCUGUGUCUGUGUGUGUGUGUCUCUGUGUGUUGUGUGUGUCUCUGUGUGUGUGUGUGUGUGUGUGUGUGUGUGUGUGUGUGUGUGUGUGUAUUUAGGCUCGUGUGUAGAGUUGCUUUUGAACAUUGUUCAGAUAUAAGAAUAAUAAAAAGUGAGGGUUUGAGUGUCCUGCUGUCUGA